CUUACUUCAUCACACCAACUUUUAAAUGCCACUGAAAGAAGCCCUGAACUAGUUUAAAGCGACUGGUAUACAUGUAAACACGACCUUGUAUAUUACUUCCUGUUGAGCUAUCCGGUUACACACGACGACUGUAGCAACGAUUUAUGUCUGACAACUUGAAGUCUCAGCAGGUUUCACCGAGGUGGCAGAUAACAAGCAUGAUGAAUAUAGCUGCUGUUUCUAUAAUAUGUGCGAUUGCAGGUGUUGUGUCAGGUGCACCCAGUGCAAGUCCAGUGUUGUCUGCAGUGUCUGACACAGCCAGGUUCAGCUGGGAGAUUCCACAGGGAGGUCUAGGGACAGGGAGUAGUUUCUACACUGUCAGUCCUGCUGGUACUACUGUGUUCAUAGUGUAUAGUGAUGGGACGUUCAACCCACUCCCCGACUACAGAGACAGACUGGUGUACCAGGGGAACAGAGCAGCCAGGAAUGUCACCUUCACCCUCAGCAACAUCCAGACAUCUGACGCAGGGACAUACACGUGUGGGGAUGGAGCACCUGAUACUGUGAUACAGAACUGUGGACAGAAGCUUGUUGUUCUUGGUGUGCCGACAACACCUGGCCGUCCUGUGUCAACAACUCCUGUCUACAACCAGCAAGUGACCUUGACCUGCAGCUCCACCUCUACCACUGUCCCAGCUGACCAUGGCCUGACCUUGACCUACACCUGGCAGCGUAACAACACUGACAUCACAGUUACCUCCCCCGGUUCCCCCUACAUCUUCACAGUGAGUUCACGGGACAGUCACAGCUACAGAUGUAGAGCGAGAGAGAGUCAGGGUCUGGAGUCAGAGUGGAGCCAGGGCUACAACAUGGAGCCACAGUACGGGCCAUACCAGAUCUCCCUGACCCCCUCCACCUCCUCCUACACUGUGACAGAACACCAGGCUCUUCCAUCCAUCACAUGCUCCGCCCUCUGUAGACCCGGAUGUAGCUACAGGUGGUUACACAAUGGAACAGCCUUCAGCAAUGGAGCCAUGCUCCAGGGACAAGCUGACAGAUCUAAGACAGGCUCCUACAUAUGUCAGCCUUCUAAUACACACGGGAGUGGUGACAGUGUUACAGUCAGUGUUGAUGUUCAGUAUCCAGCCACUGUAAGUAUUUUUACCGCCAACUCUCGCAGUGGUUCAGUGACAGUUAAUAAGUCUAAUCCAGUGACCUUCAGAUGCCAGAUUGAAAGUAACCCAAGGUCAGUCAUCAGGUUACUGAAUGGAACUGAGGAAUUGACAAGGGCAGAUAACUCCCUGACAGCAGAAUAUAGACUGGAGUCAGCAGACUGUAGACAAAGAGGGAACUACUCCUGUACUGCCAGUAACAACAUCGGGGCACCUGUCAACCAGAGAAUGGAGUUGAUGAUCAAAUGUUCUCCCCGACUUGAUGAGACAGUGCUCCACCAACUUAAGUACACCUCUAGACUGGGUGAUAACGUGAAUGUGUCUGUGUCAGUCCUGGCCUACCCCCUUCCUACAUUCACCUGGAGUAGAACUACAAGCACCAGUCAGGACCUCACUGGUUCCUCCAGCCCUGUCUCCGACAUCUCGGUCACUGCCAGACUACACCUUACUAACCUCCAACAGCAGGACUUCGGGGACUAUCGGCUAACUGUGGACAAUGGCGUAGGGAAGGGACUGUCUCAUACAGUCAGCAUAGUGUCUGAAGAAGUUCCCGAGUCCCGACAGUGGAGCUGCAUGUACUGGAAUAAGAGCACAAGCUGAAGCAGGCACCCAGACACUUGAUUUUUACUCACA